AUGACUAAAGAGCUGCACAAAAUCCUGCUCUCCUCAAACUGCACCAAAACUGCAAAUCAGCUCAACUGCUGCUGUGAAACGGUGGGAAACCYGACUCCAAAGACUCAUUGGUUCUUGAAUGGACAACCUGUCAGUCCAUCUAGCCAGGUGGUGAUUACAAAUGAGCUUCUAGAUGGCUCACAUCUGAGGAGCAUCAUCACUGUGAAUGAACCACAGAACAKAGAUCUGUCCACCCUGCUGUGCUUCAGCUCCAACUCCUUGGGAUCAGCCAGUAAACAGUUUUGUGUCAGUUUCCUUGAGAGCUCAAGAGAAAACCAAGGUCACAUCCCACUGUCUGGUUUCAUUGCCACAGUUGGUGCUCUUGCACUGGUGGUAUUUGCCCUCCUGGUUUUUAUCUGGUUUGAAAAGACACACCCCAAACCUAGAGGGAUUGGAGGUGAUAUUGACACAAAUGAAUGUCUAACGGAGGAAAAUCAGGUACCAAACYCGAUUGAAGAUGCAAUUUACGCAAACUCUGCUGAACUUAGUCAAGCAAGAAUUGGUCAACCUUCAAAUGGAACUGACAAUGAAGAAGAAAUCAGUGAAAGUUCAGGAAAUAAAAGUGAAGAGCUGGUUUAUGCCAGUGUGAAGUGGUCAAGAAAGAGCAAAACAAAGAAGAUGGAUAAUGAUAAGAACAUGAAUCUCACUSGCGCUUCCUUUUUGAAGGAGGAGAAAUUUGAGAGGGGAGACAUGCUUUUUGUGAGCUCUGCACUGGAAAUGGGAAGUGUGUAUGCAGAAGUUAAGCCUAGAAAUGUAAGAAAGUGAAUAUGCUCAGCUUAAAUUCAUGAACAAAUGUGCAACACAGUAUAAAUUAUCACUCUGUGGCAGGURUGGUUCUAAAAAUGAGAUGAAACCAACUAAAGUCCUAGUAAAAGGUCAAGAAGGUUUUGAAAAAAAAGUCCUACUGGCUGACAUUGAAUUAAGAACAAUAUGUUAUAUUGUUAUGAAUUUGGUUUACUCAAGGUAGCAAUCUUGAGUAAAACYAAGUUUUACUCAAGAUUUUACAAGAUCCUUUGAGUAAGUUUUACUCAAGGAUUUUUGUGUCCAAAACAUUUCUCUUGGAAAGUCAUGACAACUAUCUCCAUUUCCAGUUUUUGUCAGUGUAGAAACCAUACCUAAUCCAAUUUUAUAACCACUCACACAAUAGUAACAUCACACAGCAAAAAUGUUCUGCACAGAUGAUGUCAAGAACAAGCUGCAAGAACUCCCAAAACUAAGAAAUGAUGCCAUUUUGUUCUUGCAGAGAAGAACAAAUUAUUCUGUGCUCACAUUGUCUGUUUAGGCCUCAUUUUACCUCUAGCUGAUGUAACUUGUAAAUAUAUGACAUAUUCACUGAAUUUGAAAUUGACAGAAUAUUUUAGAACCAUCUGUAUUUGCUAAAGCAACAGCUGCAGUCUUCUGGCUUUAUAUGAGCUGUCAAAAAACAAUGCURAUAGUACCAGGUUUCUCUAAGAUGUUUUUUCCC